AAGAAGUCCGAAUGUGGAAGGAUUUAUAAGCCCAUAUGUGUCUGGGCACAUUGUUUUUCGCCAUUGUAAAAAGAGCCGGGAAAAUUGAGCUUGCAUUGUCGUGUAAGAGUUGGAGGACACACUGCGAAUAAAACGUGUUCUACUACCACGGAUUAGUCUGCCCUUUCUUUCGGGAACCAAUGUGUGGGGUAGCCGUUUAAGGCAACUCCAAGUGACGCACGACGACAGAAUAAUAGAUAAAGUGUUGUACAAGUUUAUUAGCCAGUUUAAUAUACACACCAAAAAAUGGCAAUAAAGCUGAAUUGUUUUAUUACCAUUCUGAUGUUCUCUACAUAUUAUUUCACAGAGGUUUAUUCCCUAGUGGAAUUUACAAACGUUCAGUGCGAGUCUCUGGAUAAGAACUUUGCUUUAAUUGAAUAUUGUUAUCUGAAAUCUGUAAACCGAUCUUACAAAUAUGUUUCGAUUAAAGUUAACCUCCUAAAGCUACCCAUAUACAAAGUCAAGAUUCGGUUUGGUCUCUAUAAACGAUUGACAGGAUAUAAGCCUUUUCUCUACAAUGCGACUUUGGAUGCGUGUAAAUUCCUUAAAUCGCCGAAUUCCAAUCCGGUCGCUCUUUUUUUUUAUAAUUGUUUCAAAGAGUAUUCCAACAUGAACCACACAUGUCCUUUUAAACAUGAUAUUGUGCUGGAUAAGAUGCCAUAUCAUAGCAUAAAUAAUAAGUUCACCAAGAUACUGCCCUUCCCAGAGGGAAAUUAUAUGAUUGAAAUACACUGGAUAGCCUACGAGAUUAAUAGAGCUAUAACAAAAUUGUAUUGGACUCUUACUUGAUAAGACAAGGAGAUCAAAACAGCAAUGACCAGACACUGUAAAUACUUUAAAAAACUUUCUAAAAGUUUCAUAUUGCAAAGAAGCCAAAAAAACCAAGAACAUGCUAUUAUCUGUUACAUAAUUUUCAACGUAUCUAGGAUAACCUUUUUACUAAACAAGCAACCGGAAUAAAGAUUUUUAUGAUUCAU